CCGGGCUGCAUGAGCGUGUUUACACCGACACUAUUGUCAUCUUCGACAAUUACUAAGGAAGAAGUCGUGGCGUGCUGCCACGUAAUACGCUUUGGAGGAGAGAGACUUCGCGAUGUCAAAUACGGACCAACGAGAUGGAGGGAAUGCCGGCGGAGGUGGGCCGGAGGACCGAAGGCGAUAUAGGCCCCCUACGUGCUUCGCAUGCAGCGAAGCAGGUCACUAUGCGAACCAGUGCCCGAAUCCGGCUCCGAGAUAUCAUCAUCAAGCUCGGCCAUCGACUUCAGCGGACUCCAGGGGCUCAAGAUCGCCAAGACGNUGCCCGAAUCCGGCUCCGAGAUAUCAUCAUCAAGCUCGGCCAUCGACUUCAGCGGACUCCAGGGGCUCAAGAUCGCCAAGACGAUAUGAACCUCGGAGGAGGAGGGAGUCACCCGAGAGGGACUCGGAGUUGAGGGCGACUGUGAUGAAGCUGAGCAAGUCGGUGUCAGUCAUGCACGACUUUGUUGAGCAGCAGAACCGGAAGAAAGAGGAGAAGGCGCGAAAGAAGCGGGAGAUGAAGGAGGAGGCGGGGCGUGAGGAAGCUGAGAGACUGAAACAUGAGGAGAAGGAGGCACGGGCGGCGGAAAAAGCCCGGAAGCGUGCUGAAGAACAAAAGAAGGCUGCCGAUGCUGAGAAGGAAAGACGAGCACAGAUGAAGAAGGAUGUAGAUCUUUCAGUUGCAAUUAGACUGAGCGAAAUGGAGGACAGUUGGUUUCAGAGACUGCAUAGCGUGAUAGGGCCAUUGCACACCACAGACGACAAGAAGGGGAAGAAGAAGGUUAUCUACCCCUCCAGUGCAGAGUCCGAAGACGAAAGCGAAGAUAGCGAUACAAGUGUUACACGAGCUAAGUGAGCGCGCCUCGAGGCUGCAAAUCUCUGAAAAGCGCAAAAGGGGACCAGAGGUGGCACUGGAGGACAGUCCCCCUAUGGAGAAGCCGCGGAAAAGAACACCAAAACAAGGAGGAUUGAAACCGGUAAAAUUGACGACCCGAUUGACGCGGAAGAAAGCACAAAGACAGUCGGGGACUAUGCAGCUGAGGAAGAUGCCAGGGCGACCACCGACCGUGAGAUCUCCAGUGAAGACGCCGCUGUCAGGACAGAAGACCCCGAAGACCCCGAAGAUACCAAGGACGAUUCACGGGACCCCGCCGCAAAUGCAGCUUUACACUCCGGUUACACGCGGCGCCUUGGAG